AUGGCCCUGAAAAGCAAAGAUUCAUUGUUUCUAACCAUCAGAGAUGGCAGUUUCCAAAAAGCCAAGCACAUCAUCAAAGGGUCCUCUUUGCAAGUUCUUUCGGUUCGUUACAUGCCGCACAAUCAGACACCGCUUUUCUUCGCGGCCAAUCGGCGUGGAUCUGACCACCAGGCCAAAAGCUUGUGUGAGAUGCUGAUUGAGAGAUCCGUACCGGUGAAUUACAAGGAUGUGAUAAAUCAAACAGCCCUAUUCUUUGCAGCUCGCAAAGGUCAUUCUGAAACAAUCCAGUACCUGCUGAAGCAAGGCGCAGACCCCAAUAUUGUGGACGUGCACGGCGAAACAGCGUUGUUCUAUGCCGUCAGGAGUCAGAAGACAGCUGCGGCCAAGGCCUUGUUGGAAGGCGGGGCGAAUUUGGAAGUUGUCAACAAUGCUGGCAACACCUGCAUGAGCCUGGCGCCGGCUGCAGUCUUCUGUCCUUUGCAGGAGGAACGCAAAAAAAGGCGCCUCUGUGAUUAUGACUCAGGUCCCGGGGAAAAGCGUCAGCGGACAGCAAUGGAAGUGCUGCGUACAUGGGCCAAUGAAUGGCCAGCCACAGAGCCUAUCCCCAGAAACAAAGAGGUCCAUUACAAACAGGAGGACAUCAUUGAGAGCGUCAAAGGCUACGCCGUCCUCCGCACGUGCCCGAGAGAAUGGGCGGCGCACGUGCGUGUAGGUGAGAAGAAUUUGGUGGCAGACCAUGCCCAGUUCCUCCAAACGGAGCCAUGGUUCAAAGAUUUGUCGCCCGAGGAGUGGUGCCAAAAUAUUGGCGUCAUUGCGGAUCCGGAUGAGGCAGGAUUCGCUAUGGAGGCGAUCGAGGCGGUGGUGGCUGGAGAGAGGACACAUUGCUUCACACUGCCGCUAGUGGAGGUCAAUUCUGGGGCAAUGGCCGGGCAUGUCCAUGCUCAGUGGAAACCCAAGUCGACGGAGCUGACCAUAUUGCAGCUUAAAGUAAACGAGGAGCACACAAAGCAAGGCCUUGGAAAGCUGCUGCUAGCAGCAGCAGAAGAGCACAGCCAUCGAAUCGGGUGGACAUGCGAGAGUAUAUACCUCAGUGUAUUGCAAAAGAAUGAACGGGCACAGAGGUGUUACACGAAAGCUGGAUUCAAACACGAAUUAAGCAGAAGCGCCCUAUGGGGAAAAGAAGGGCAUCACGCAUCACAAUGGCAGAAAUGGACGAAGGUGCACAAAUAUGCCUUGGACAAGAAUAAGAAGUCCCCGGUGGCGCAAUAG